CAAAUUUUCUUCCGCGCUCAGCCAAAAAGUCACUUCGCUUCCCCCCACCCUCUUAAUUUAAUUUUAAUUUUAAAUUUUAAUAUUAUUUUUAAAAAAUUAAAAAAAUAUUAUUACUCUCUCUCUCUCUCUCUCUCUCUCUCUCUAAAAACUAUUUCAGCCUCGUUUUAAGCCUGUUGGCAGCUGAAACCUCUCUCUAUUCCUAUAAUGAUCCAACACCUGCUUCUUCAUCACGUUCUCUCUCUCUAAAAGUUUCUCAGACUUAUUCGAUAGCUGGAGCUGAUUUAUUCCAGUUGUUGAAGUGUACUUCAAAUUGCUUCUUCAAUCCCAACUUUUUUUUUUUUUUUUUGGUUGCAUGCACUUCGUCACUACUAUCAUUACAUAUAUAUAUAUAGAUUCGGAGCUGAAAGUAUAUACUAGUUUUUGGAGUUCUAAAAUGGGUCCGGAGCGAUUUGCUUAAUCUUUAUGAUUAACGUUGUUUUAGUUUUUGUUUAGUGAAAGAGUUGGGUUGUUGAUCCCCGUAUGAAGGAAUUUCAGUAACGGUUGUUUUGGAAGUGAAAUUUUCGGUUUCGAGUUCUCAUUUCACCACUGGUGGGAGGAAAAAAAAGAAAAAGAAAGAUUGGUGACGGAAACAAGAAGAAAAAGUUGAGGAGGUGAACCGUGCAGGAUUUAUAUAUUUAAUGGCUCCAGCGACUAACUGGUUAUCUUUCUCUCUCUCACCCAUGGAAAUGCUGAGGUCCUCCGAGUCUACUCAGUUCAUGGCGUAUGAUAACUCCAACACCGUUUCCCCUCAGUAUCUGAUCGAUAAUUUCUAUGCAAAUGGCUGGACGAACCCAAAGUCCCAAAUGUACUUCCCAGAAGAAGAUAAUAAUCAAGGCAAAGAAUGCCAAGGACCAAGCAAUAUUGCUGCUGAUUCGCCUAUUAUAACCAGCUUCAUUGACCCACAGACCCAUAACCAAGCUAUUCCCAAACUGGAAGACUUUCUUGGCGAUUCUUCGUCAAUGGUCCGUUACUCCGAUAGCCAAACAGAGACCCAAGACUCGUCCCUAACCCAAAUCUACGAUCAGGGUUCUGCUUAUUUCAACGACCAACAGCAAGAUCUGAAAGCAAUUGCUGCGUUCCAAACUUUCUCUGCGAACUCGGGCUCGGAAGUAGAUGACUCGGUGUCAAUCGCAAGAACUCAGCAGCUUACUGGCGGUGAGUUUACCACUGGUCAUUCGAUUGAUUCGUCUGGGACUGGGAACGAGUUGGGUUUCUCUAGCUGUCCCACAGGUUCUUUGUCUCUUGCGGUCACUCAGAGCUCUGAGAAAGCCAUUGUUUCCGCUGAUUCCGAUUGCACCAAGAAGAUUGCUGAUACAUUUGGGCAGCGAACUUCAAUUUACAGAGGGGUGACUAGGCACAGGUGGACGGGUAGAUAUGAAGCGCAUCUAUGGGAUAACAGCUGUAGAAGGGAGGGUCAGGCCAGAAAAGGGCGUCAAGUUUACUUGGGUGGAUAUGACAAGGAAGAAAAAGCAGCCCGGGCAUAUGAUUUGGCCGCUCUGAAAUACUGGGGACCCACUGCAACCACCAACUUUCCAGUUACAAACUAUACCAAGGAGCUGGAAGAGAUGAAACAUGUAACCAAGCAAGAAUUCAUUGCAUCCCUCAGAAGGAAAAGUAGUGGAUUUUCUAGGGGGGCUUCAAUAUAUAGGGGUGUGACAAGGCAUCACCAACAAGGUAGAUGGCAAGCGAGAAUAGGCCGUGUUGCUGGGAACAAAGAUCUAUAUCUCGGGACAUUUGCAACUGAGGAGGAAGCAGCAGAGGCCUAUGACAUUGCAGCAAUAAAAUUCAGGGGUAUAAAUGCUGUUACCAACUUUGAGAUGAAUCGAUAUGAUGUUGAAGCAAUUGCCAAAAGCGCUCUUCCUGUUGGAGGUGCCGCUAAGCGCUUGAAGCUGUCUCUGGAUUCAGAAGAGAAGCCAUCUCUAAACCGCGAUCAGCAAGCACAGUGCAGCAGUGGCAGCAACAACAUCAACUUCGCUGCAAUUCAACCGGUAUCAACCAUUCCAUGUGGAAUUCCUUUCGACGCCUCAGCAGCGGCUUAUCAUCACAAUUUCUACCAACACCUUCAACCUAAUAUUGCCUGUUCGGAUCCUGCUGGUAUGACCCCUUCCGUGGUGGCGCCGGUGACCAUGAUACCACAGCCGGCUGAGUUCUUUAUAUGGCCUCACCAAUCUUAUUGACAUGGCUCAAUAGUAGUAUUAGUUCCGCUCCCUUUUAUGUUAGCAGCUAACGUUACCAAGAAAAGCUCCAGUUUGUUUGAAUUGAACCUCUACUAGCUGACCAACAUCUGACCCCUUCUACUCUAAUCCACCUCUCAACCUUGUGUACUUUGACUAGGUAAAGGCAGGAGGUUUUUUUGUAUGUUUGGAGACUAAAAUUACUGGCCCAAAAAAAAAAAAAAAAAAAAGAAAGAAAAAGAAAAAAGACGCUAGUAAGAAGCUGGUUUUUGUAGUUAACUUCCUUUAGAUGGGACAUGUUGAAAAGGUUAUCCUUUUAGUUUCCAAAGAAAUUUAAAGUAUUUUCCUUUCA